GUCGAGGUUAUGGAGUAUUUGUGAAAGAUUCCAAACAACUUUCGCGGCCUGAAGGACAAGACGACAACUUCGAACAACACGCAGGCGGUCAUGGCUGGGAGUGUGCGGGUGUUGGUGAGCACGGCGUGGCUGGCACGUCAACUGGUGGCGAAGAACAGCACCGUCAAGGUCAUCGAUGCGUCGUUUAACAUGCCAGCGUGGAACAGGGACGCGCUGCAAGAGUAUGAGGCAAGCCACAUCCCAACAGCAACUUUCUUUGACGUUGACAAGAUCAAGGACGAGACGAGUGACCUGCCACACAUGCUCCCUCCCGCAAACGUCUUCCAAGAAGCAAUGCGUGAUCGCGGCAUCUACAACAACGACCACGUUGUUAUCUAUGAUUGCAGUGACUUUGGCAUCUUCAGUGCUCCGCGCCUGUGGUGGAUGUUCCGCAUGUUUGGCCAUGACCGCGUGUCUGUGCUCAAUGGCGGCUUCACGGCCUGGACGAAAGAGGAGCGGCCCGUCGAAUCUGCACCACUGAAGUUGCCUGUGGAGCCGAGAAGUGACUAUGUCGUUCAAGAUGAGAAGACGGAGCUUGUGCGCACGCGGCAGGAUGUUCUUGACAACCUCGCACACAAGAAAGAACACGUUCUCGAUGCACGCUCGCGCGAAAGUUGGAACACACCCAUACACUCACACACGAACAUACAUACACAUACGCACUUACAUAUGCCCACUCUCAUGCACUGUGCUGCCGUGUGUGCCAGGUUUAACGGCACAGCACCGGAGCCGCGCCCGGGUCUCUCGUCUGGCCAUGUCCCCGGCAGCACGUGCCUUCCAUUCACCGACUUUCUCGCAGACAAGCGCAUGAAGGAGCGUGGGGAGCUGGAGACAAUCUUCAAGGUGGCAGACACGGAUCUGCAGAGCCGGCGGUGCAUUGCGUCAUGCGGGUCCGGCGUGUCCGCAUGCGUGAUUGCCAUGGCCGCACACAUCGUCACAGCCCCGCUGGACCCAGAAGGAGGCGCCCUGAACCACGACCAGGUCAUGCCCAUCUACGACGGCGCGUGGACGGAAUGGGCCUCCUCCGGCUGCCCCAUCGAGAAGCACCAGGACGCACAAUAGGCGCGUGAUGGGGUCGCUCUAUGUGCGUGUGUGCAUGAGAUCGGGUGUGUGACUAAGACAGAGAGAGAGAGAGAGAUGGGUGUGUGAUGGAUGUGUGUGAGCGAAUAAAGGAGUGGCAGAAGGUAGGAUAAACAUACACACAAUACUCACACAAUACACACGCACACACAGACACACACACACACACACACACACACACGCAGACACACACACGCAGACACACAGAGCAGUCGUAGCGCAUUUUGUGCCGUUUGAAACUGCUUGACAACCAAUGGCGAAUUGUGAAAGAUUUCAAUAAACUUUCAGCAGCCGAUAUCAACCCCACAAAGCAAA